AUGCUUGGUUCCCUGGGUUCUUCUCUCGAUCUGCGUCUACAUCCUUGGGAUUAUUUGUACAUAAGUGGCCACUCGGAUGCCGAGCUCAUCAACAUUUAUGGCCAAAUUGAUAGAGAACUCAGAAACGGGCGCCCGGGCCUCUUUCUUUCAAACAACUUGCGGAACACGCAGGCCAGAAUUCGGCGUAUACUUGAGCAAAGGGGUAUUUCCACCACAAAUAUGUCCUUGGGCUUUACUUUGGGAAGCGUGAGCACACUCCAGGAUCUAUCGCCAUGUUUCAUCAUCGGACAGCCAAUACAGCAGGGGGUUGUCAACAUUCCAGCCCCACAGCCCAACAUCACCUUUCAGACCAUUCCCGCUCCUCAGCCUGCUGCUCUCCUGCCGACACCUGAACUUCCCAAGCGGAUCAGAGUUCGUGAUCAGUGGGGCAAUAUCGUCGAAGAACACGACGAGACAGAACAGGAGAAAAAUGACAGGGAAUAUGAGGAGUGGAAGGAGAAGUUUGGCGCCAAGUAG